AUGGAGGACUGGCAGGAGGCGGCAUUUUCGUCGCGGCACAUGCACAACAGAGUGGGGCGAAGCAGCGCAAAAGGUGGAAAACGAGGGCAUCAUGAUGGCUCCUUUGAUGUGAGGAGAUCGUUUGGUUCUUACGAAUGCAAGUGUACCGCGUGGGAGAAAUUCAAGUCGGGGAAAGAUCAAUAUCCGAUAUUCGAGCUCUUUCGAUUAACAGAAAACGGACAAGGAAUCAUUGGGACAUUGUUAAUGCCCGACUUGCUGCAAGCUACUGUAGUUUUGGCAGGAAGUAGGAAAACUUUGGAACAAACGAUAUCUGCUCUAGAAGACAAUGACGCAUCCGGGGUCUCUAAGAACCAUCUUGCACGCAGCAGUCAAACUUGCGAAGGACACGCGCUUGAGUUUGAUGGUUUGGACCAGAGGUCUGUUUCAGCAGAAGAAAGCGGCAACCUGGAUCCCGAGGAAGCACGCUUGAAGGCUUUUGAAAAGAACAGUUUUCGGGCGCCCAAAUUCUGGUUUCAAUGGAGUGGUCUCCCAUUAUCGCCGCCAUGGGUUGAUAAUGAGAGCCCGAAACGUUGGGAGACGAACAUGGGGUACCUGGUCUUUUCUGGCAACGAUUGCCGCAAAUUUCAGGGGACAAUCAAUUGCAGUGCCCUUGGGUGGAAGGACGUGGCACUCAAAGGCCACAAGACAGUCUCCAAGCCGGAGCGUGAUAUCCCCGUCGCUUGGAACCCAAACGGUACUGACUUAACUAUUAUCCAGAUCGCUGGUUCCAAUGUCGGCUCUCCGGCUCAAUCCAUAGUCACUCUUGCUGCUGCUGUGUCGCUUGGGCUGCAAGCGAAUGCAGCCGCUAUAGCCUCCCCUGCAGCAUGCGCUGCGGCAAAUGCCAACCAGACCUAUGACUACAUAGUUGUGGGCUCCGGAGCAGGUGGAAUACCCAUCGCUGAUCGACUAUCCGAGGCUGGGCACACGGUGCUGCUGAUUGAGAAAGGCCCACCAUCGUCAGGAAGAUGGGGAGGGACGAUGAAGCCGAAGUGGCUCGAUGGCACGAAUCUAACACGGUUCGAUGUACCUGGGCUUAGUAAUGAGAUAUGGUCAGAUCCUAAGGGCAUAGUCUGCACUGACGUAGACCAAAUGGCAGGCUGCGUCUUAGGAGGUGGAACAGCAGUCAAUUCAGGACUAUGGUGGAAACCGCAUCCGGCGGACUGGGAUUUUAACUUCCCCGAUGGUUGGAAGAAUACAGACGUAGCUGCAGCCACGCAGAAGUUGUUCUCCCGGAUCCCGGGCACAACUGUUCCAUCGACAGACGGCAAACUCUACUUGCAGCAGGGCUUCGAUAUGCUGAGUAGCGGUUUGAACGCUUCUGGAUGGAAGUAUAUUGUCCCCAAUGACCAUCCAGAUCAGAAGAAUCGCACCUAUGGCCACAGCACCUUCAUGUUCUCUGGAGGUGAGAGGGGCGGCCCUCUGGCUACGUACUUGCUUAGUGCAAGCCAGCGAAAGGAGUUCACAUUGUGGACAAACACGAUAGCCAAAAGAGUGGUGCGCACCGGCGGUCAUGCGACUGGCGUGGAACUCGAGUGCAAUGGUGGCUCUGGCUACUCUGGUGUUGUAUCGGUGACCCCGAAGACAGGAAGGGUUAUCGUUUCAGCUGGUGCCUUCGGUUCAGCCAAAUUACUUAUGCGCAGUGGAAUUGGGCCCACAGAUCAGCUCAACGUCGUCAAGAGCUCAUCAGAUGGCCCUACAAUGAUAUCUCAGGACUCUUGGAUCAAUCUCCCCGUGGGCUACAAUCUGGAUGAUCACGUUGGUACUGAUGUUCAAGUGUCGCACCCAAAUGUUGUAUUUUACGACUUCUAUGGCGCAUACAACAAUCCAGUUCAAAGCGAUGCGCAAGCCUAUCUAAAAGGAAGAACUGGUAUUCUCACACAAGCUGCUCCCAACGUUGGUCCCAUGUUCUGGGAAAUCAUUACUGGAGCUGAUGGCCGUGAACGUCAUCUACAUUGGCAAUCACGUGUGGAGGGUUCUCAAAAAACCUCCAUGACUAUUACACAAUACCUUGGCACCGGUGCCGUGUCACGUGGUCGUAUGAAGCUCAGCAGUAGUUUAAACACUGUAGUUUCGACUGCACCCUAUCUUCAUGAUGAUAAUGACAAGGCAGCUAUUAUCAAGGGGAUUGAGAAUCUGCAAGACUCCUUGAAGGGUAUAUCUGGGUUAACCUGGAUUGCACCGAAGCCGGGACAGACCGUCACUCAGUUCGUAAACUCGCUACCCGCAACAACUGGAGCACGAUGUGCGAACCACUGGAUUGGUACUAGCAAGCUCGGCUUGGAUGAUGGUCGUGUGAAUAAUGGUACAUCUGUCAUAGAUACGAACACUAAAGUGUACGGCAUGGAUAACCUGUUUGUUGUUGACGCUUCAAUUUUCCCUGGCCACAUAACAGGCAACCCUUCUGCCGCGAUCAUCAUCGCAUCCGAGCACGCUGCUACAAAGAUUCUCGCUCUAGCUUAA